AUGACGCAGGAGGACGCGUCACAAGGGGCAGACGGCGUGCAAAUACCCAAGGAGGGCACGCUGACGUACGACGGCCGCUACAGGCGCUACAGCUUUUACGGAAUCAUCUUCGAGGUCCCCGUGCGCUACGUGCCGCUCGUCCCCAUUGGCCGAGGAGCCUACGGCAUCGUCUGCUCUGCAAGAGACGAGACGACGGGCGAGGAGGUGGCGAUCAAGAAGAUCGGCAAGGCCUUCAAUGACCGCACAGACGCCAAGCGGACUCUCCGCGAGAUCGUGCUCCUGCGCAACAUGAACCACCCCAAUGUGAUCGCCAUCAAGGACAUCAUUCGUCCGCCCAACCCCCAGAGCUUCCAGGACGUGUACAUUGUCUACGAGCUCAUGCCCACGGACCUGCACGAGGUCAUCCGGUCAGGGCAAGCCAUGGACGAACGGCACUACAAGUUCAUUCUCUUCCAGCUCCUCCGGGGAACAAAGUACAUCCACUCGGCCAACAUCCUCCACCGCGACUUAAAGCCCCCCAACAUCCUGAUCGACGCGCGCUGCAACAUCAAGAUCACCGACUUCGGCCUCGCGCGAACCCGCGUGGAAACCACCGACCACCUCACCGAAUACGUGGUUACCAGAUACUACCGCGCGCCCGAGCUGCUGGUGAACAACCAGCAGUACAGCGCUUCCAUCGACGUGUGGUCGGCGGCGCUGAUAUAUCUGGAGCUCGUGCUGGGGCACAUUGUGCUCAAAGGGGAUAACUACGUGGACCAGCUUCGCAAGACCUGCGAGCUGAUCGGAUCCCCCUCUGCCGAAGACGCCUCCUUCAUAGUCAACGAGGCCGCCCGCACCUUUCUGCUCUCAGAGCUACAGGGAUUCCCGGCGAGGAGCAUCAGGGACGUGUUUCCCAAGCUGUCAGAACCCGCGGCUGACUUGGUGCAGCGCAUGCUCGUGUUCGACCCGAGAAAGCGAAUCACAGUGGACGAGGCAUUGGCGCACCCCUACCUGGCGCACUACCACAAGGCCAACCAGGAUCCGCCGCACCCAAACCCCUUCCAGUACGACCUGAGCUUUGAGCAGGAGGAGUACGACAUCCCCCGCAUCCGCCAGCUCAUCUACGAGCAAGCCUGCGCCUUCAACCCCCUAUAA